GAUGCCAUCCAUCAUGUGAGUCCUGCAGUGGGGCGGGACCUCUCGUCUGUACUUCCUGCCCCGCCAACAGCGUCCUGUUGCCCUCAGGUGUCUGUGCUACCAAAUGCCCUCUGGGUUACUAUGACAACGGUCACAGAGUCUGUCAGGCGUGUGCCAACCAGUGUUUAACCUGUGACAUGUCGGGUGUUUGUACAUCCUGCCGUGACCCGACCAAGGUUCUGCUGUUUGGAGAGUGUCAGUACGACAGCUGCGCCCACCAGUACUACCUCAACGCCACGACCCGAGCCUGCAGAGAGUGCGACUGGAGCUGUAAUGCCUGUAAAGGCCCGCUGCGGACCGACUGCCUGCAGUGCAUGGAGGGCUACGUGUUGCAGGAUGGAGUGUGCACCCAGGGGUGUUCACCAGGAUCCUAUCAGGAUGGAGACAGAUGCCUCG